AUGUGUGUGACUGAUACUGGUGAAGUUUAUUUCACUGACUUUUGUAACAAGUCCAUCAGUUGUCUGUCACCAUCAGGAUCUGUCUCUACAGUCAUCAGUACAGAUCCACUGGAACCAGCAGGAAUCAGUCAUUCAGUGGACGGUGGACUACUGGUCACCUUGAGAGACGAGGAGCCAAAUCCUUACAAAUUAGAGCCACACAGCAGACGUCUUGUAAGACACAUCACAGUGACAGGUGUCACUACUGGUCAUCUAAUGAUUAUGUCUCCCUCUGGUCGUAUGAAAUCUGUCUACCGUGGACAAAAUCUGACAAAGAAGUUUGGUCCAACUGAUGUAGUGAAUGAGGCCCUCUGUAACAUCCUUGUUACUGAUCUACUGAACAAACAGAUUCAUCUUCUGAGACCCGAAGGGGAGUUCCUAAAGUUCUUACUGUCAGAGAAUGAAGUGAAGUCUCCAUACUUACUAUCCCUAUACAUGUCUACACUGUGGGUCGGAUAUGAUGAUGGACUUGUCAGAGUGUUUCGGUACAGAGUAUAA